GAGAGACACGUGAGAGAGACAGACAUCCAGACAAUACACAGAAAGGAGAGACCUGGAAGGGAGGGUCACUGUCCCACUAUACAGAGAAAGGCUGCCCCUACCACUGACCCUGAUGCUGAGCCUGCAGUGGCCCACAGGUCUACUGGUGCUAUCCCCAACCCCCCCUCCACACUGGACAAGCAGACCAACUGGUCCAAGGCCCUGCCUCUGCCCACCCCUCAGGAGAGGAUGAAGAGUGACCCAGCAGUCGUGUCCUCGUGCAUCAUCCCCAUCAACGUCACUGGGGUGGGGUUCGACAGGGAGGCUAGUGUGCGCUGCUCCCUGGUACACUCCCAGUCUGUGCUGCAGAGGAGGAGGAAGCUGAGGAGGAGGAAGACCAUCACCGGGAUCCCCAGACGAGUUCAACAGGACAUGGACUCUGAUGAGUCUCCAGUGACGAGGGAAAGGACAGUGGUGGUCCACACCAACCCUCACCUGUCCCUCUGUCAGGAGGAGCUGUCCCUCCGAGGGGGACACACCAAGGACUCCGGCUGCCAGACGGACGACUGCCUGACCGGUGGCGGUGGCGCCCCGUCCAGGAGACGUAUACGUGCCCAGCGCGGCGGCCAGGGGGGCAUCCCCGCCUCCCUCUCCCACUCCACCGGGAACAUCUCCUCACUCCCCGACCACCCUGACACCGCCAUGUACACCGCCUCCGGCUCCCGCCUCCGCUCCCGCAGCCUCCCCCGCGAGGGCGGCCGCAUACGCGACGAGGACCAGGACGACAGUGACGAAGAUGAGGAUGAUGAUGACGACGAUGAUGACGAAGAUGAGGAGCUCUCUCCAUACGAGACGGAGGACUUCCUCCCGGGAACGGGGCCAAGGAUGUUAAAAGAGGAGGAGGAGAGUACGGAUGACCAGGCCAUGCCAGAGCUGCAGCUGGGGAGUCUGAAGAGAAUACAGCAAGGAGACGGGGGGAGUCCAGAACACAUGUGGAUGGAGAGGGGUCGCUCCCGCCUCCCCCGUCAGGUCGACAUGGGGAACUGUGAGAUCUCCUCCAGCUCAGACACCUUCAGCAGCCCCAUCCACUCUGUCUCUACUACGGGGGUGCUGAGAGGACAGAUAGACCACAAGGAGGACCACCAGUCGUCCAGUGGUAACUGGAGUGGCAGCAGUUCCACAUGCCCCUCCCAGACCUCUGAGACACUCCCCCCCGCCGCAUCCCCCCCUCUGACCGGCUCCUCCCACUGUGACUCGGAGCUGUCGCUCAACGCCGCGCCGCACGCCAUCGAUGACCUCACCGGCUUUAUCAUCGACCCCUACCAUUCGGAUCAGCCGCAGGGCCAGGGUCAUAGGUCCAGCUCCUUCACCUCCUCAGCCACUGACCAGCUGGAUGAUGCAGGGGUCAGUACUGCCAGCGAGGGAGAGUGGACCUACCCUCAAGACCAGGCUGAUCAGGACCAGCUGUGUAGUCAGGACUUCAGCCCCAGGCGUUCGUCCAGGGGGGACCAGACCAGGAUAGACUUCACCAACAUCAGCAGCUACGACGGCUUCUCAGACCGAGCUCCUACUGCUGCAGCAGACUCCCAGGGCUUCUACUCAUCCUCCAUGCACUUUGACUCCAUGCAGGGCCAGAGUUACAGGAGAUACAUGUACAACUAUGCAGCAGUGGGCUCUGGCGCUGACUGUGGCCAGGGUAAUACUGUGGGCGCUACGCCUGGUGAGGGAGAGGGCAUGGCUGGGUAUCCUCCUCAGUCCUCUGACUACAGGGGAGCCACCCUGACGCUAGGGAGGCCGUGUCGUCCGCUGAAGAAACCAAAGGUCAAGCCACCCCCACCAAAACGGAGCUCCUCGCUGAAGGAGACGUGUAGCGCUGGUGCUCCAGAGAACAUCCCCCCUGAGCAGGGCAAUGAGCAGGGCGAUGAGCAGGGCGAUGAGCAGGGCGAUGAGCAGGGCAAUGAGCAGGGCGAUGAGCAGGGCAAUGAGCAGGGCAACCAGGACCAACCAAAGAUUCAUAGUAGUGGGCAGACCCAGACCCUGAACCUGCCCAUGUCUUCCAGAGACAGAGAGAUGAGGCUGCAGCUGGACAUGGCCAGCCCGGGGGAGGUGGAGAAUCCUGGGUUGGAGGCUGAGGUGUUGGGUGGUGGUGGUACCUGGGGGAUGGGGAGCCCCAGGAGCCCCAGGACUGUGGAGAUGACGGAGCCCACCUCGUUCGGGUCCACUGACACUCACUCUUUCAAGGACGAGGGCGCCGUUCAGUCUGACUAUGCAGACCUCUGGUUCCUCAACGACUUGAAAUCCCAAAAUAACCUGGACCCCAACGGCUCCUUGUCCAACUCCAGCACUGCUACGGGUACUACUGUUAUUGAAUGCAUCAAGUCGCCGGUGGACAGCUCCUCCUCUCCCGGGGGAGAGACCCAGGCAUUGAUGCAUUCCUCCGGAUCUUGUUCCAGCUCCUCCAGGCCCACCUCCCCUCCUCUUCCCCCCGGGGAUGGAGACUUCAAGCUGGGCUCUCCUGAGAAGCUGGCCGGCCUCGCCUCGCCCUCCAGCGGAUAUUCCAGCCAAUCGGAGACGCCCACGUCUUCAUUCCCAUUAGCGUUCUUCCCCGGCCCGCUCUCUCCGACCAGCGGGAAACGGAAACCCAAAGUCCCCGAGAGGAAGUCUUCUCUAUCCUCGCUGCAGCACCAGGCCCAGACCCAGUUCUCUAGCUCGGCCUCUGGAUCCUCCUCUUCCUGUUCCUCUUCCUCUUCCUCGUCAUCCAGGAAGGACUAUGACUUCCCGGCUCCACCCACCCAGCUGGACUUAAGUUCUCUUCACAGCGCCCAUGGCAGCCGGCCGUUACCCACUCUGGCCCACCGGACCCACAUGCACACGCUGCACCAGAACAAGCAGAGGGCAGCAGCAGCAGCAGAGGCCCGGGCCACCGCGUGUAACACUGCAGCCGUUAACGCUAAUGCUAGUGCUACAGCUAGUGCUAACGCUAACGCUAGUUCUAAUGCUAACGCUAGUGCUAGUGCUAACGCUAGUGCAGCCCCCUCUGGGUUUAUCAAUGGAUCCACUCUGACUCCAGAGGCCCCACUUGCUGCCAACCCCAUGGCCCUGGCCAUCACCCCCACUGUGCUGCGCUCCGUCCAGCUACGUUCCAUCGGCCACAGGGCCACCGAUGGUUCUCAGCCCCAGGCCCGGGGCCAGGCUCAGGGUGCUCAGGGCCAGGAGCCUCCACCACCACAAGCAUGGGCCCACGAGGCUUCAGGGGCCCCUGCCACCAGACCCAAGAUGCCCAGUGUAACCAUCGUGAGAGACCCAUCGCCCAGAAACCCCCACCACCACCGACCCAGGACCCCCACCACCCUUCUCAGGAGCACCACCACUCUGUACCCCAGCCCCAGCACCACCCCACCCCCAUGCAGCACCCGGACGGCCCCCCCGACCUAUGAGAGCCUGGCCAGGCACCGGCAGGACCGCUACAGCCCCGGAACCUUCUGGGCAAUGACGGCGUUCCGGACGCGCCCUGCGGAACCUUUGGAACUUGAGGAACCCACGCACCGAGCGCCACCGCCAACUCCGGAACCCGUGAUUCCUACUACACACCCGGACCAUGUGAUAGAUCUAAGAGGUCGGAGCGGAGAGGACCGCUAUGAGAUGACAUCAUCAGGGGUUCCUACCAGAAGUGCCUCUCAGGAUAACAGCAGAGAUGACUCCACCACACCGGACACAGAGGACUACUUCAGCAAAGAACCACAGCUAGACAUCAGAACAACAGCAGAAACCCAUUCUAGGUCCAAGAGAAAAGUCCUGGGCCGUAAAGACUCUGGAGAGCUGAGUGGGAAGAGCCGUCUGUGUCCUCCUCCGGCUGCCGUCGUUCCACCUGCAGCUAUCCUCCCAGCCAUCCCCCUCCGCCCCCUCUCAUCAUCCCCCCCCCAGCCCUCUCCCACCCUGACCGCGGCCGGGACCCAGCGCACCCCAGGACCCAUCUACCGCAGCGCCAAGAAGUCCAGCACCUCCAACGAGGAGUUCAAGCUGCUUCUCCUGAAGAAGGGCAGUCGGACUGAUUCCAGCUACCGCAUGUCUGCUACAGAGAUCCUCAAGAGCCCCAUCGCCCCUAAGUCCCCUGGGCACCCCUUGGCUGCUGAGGGCCAGGUCAGGUACCCCACCGAGGAGCCCCCCUCUCCCCUGCAGGAGCCAUCAUUGCAGGCGGACGGGGAGCAACUCUUCCCCCCCAGCCUCUUCCCCAGGCCCAGUUCAGACAGCUUCAGCCCUAAAACACCCCCCACGUCGGCUUCGUCCAGACAGGGGCGCUCCCGGAUCCCCCCUGCAGCCAAUAGUAGUCGCUACAGCACCCGUAGCCGACUCUAUACGGCACCCAUGCAGGUCAUAUCAGAGGGGGAGACUGAGAACUCAGAUGGGAGUCCCCAUGAUGAUCGCUCCGCGUAAUGAUCGCUCUGCUCAGUGCAGAAACAUGUACCCUAAUCCUUAUUUGGUGUGCUACUUUUGAUCAGGGCCCAUAUAAGGAAUAGGGUGCCAUUUGGGACGAAGACAUAUUUAUAUGGAUCUGGUUCAGUGCUGUUACUGUUCUUAUCUACUGAGUACUGACGGAUACACAACUCAACAAAGAGGGUAUAACCAGAGAGAAGACUACUCUGGACUGCCUGCCUGGGGGUUUGAUAUCUUGGUGCAGAACUGAAGAACACAACUUUGUGUUUUGUUCAGAGUGUAAAGAAAGAUUUUUUUUUUCUUGUUUUGAACUUUGAACUCCCUUUUUAAAUAACCCAAGAUCCUGUAUUGAGUGAAACGUGGACAAGAGGAUAAAAAUGGAGCGGUAAAGACAACCUGUGUGUGUGUUGGAGCCUAAUGGAACAUCCAUCGUCAUUUUUUAUCUUCUUGGAUGUUGGAUGACUUGUAUGUCGUGUCCUAACGUGACCCUAAAAUAACUGCUUUCCGAAAGAAUUGCAUUUCUCUCUACACUUACACAGAGGACAGGUCAUUAUUUCAACCAUAAACAAAAUAUUCCCAGUCGACAAAAAUGAAUAAGCUAUAUGUUUUGUAUUGCUACCGCCCCAACACAAAACAAUGGACUGUGAUCACUAUUGACAACCAUGUGUCAAAGUAUUGUUUUACCAAGAGUGAGUUAACAACACACAUAGGUCAACAUGCCAUCCUCACAUAGAUAAACUACAUGUAAAGGAAUAGGAAUGACCUAUGACCCUAGAAGAGCUCUCAGUGCAGGGAUUCCUGGCAGGGACACAUAAGGGAAAUAUUUGGUCUUGUUGAAGUGAUGUGGUGCAGAUGUCAAGGUGUCAGAAGAGAUGAUGGGACAAUCGUGUUGUGGCCUUUCUGCGCUG